AGUGAGAAAAGUCAAGUCGCAGAAGAUAGCACGAAAUGGAACUGCUGGCUUUUGCUGUGAAGUUAUGGCUGGGGGGUAUUUUUGUUUUCGUAACAAUCGAAAAACUCGAUGCCAGGACACAAUGCUUCAUGAAAUUCGAGCCCGGACCAUGCAGGGCUUCAAUUCCCAAGUGGUUCUACAAUCACACUGCACAUGAAUGCCAGCUAUUUAUUUUUGGUGGAUGCGGAGGCAAUCAAAACAACUUCGCGACCAAAGAGAAAUGUCAACAACUUUGUCAAGGUAAUGAGAAACUCCCACCAAGCCAGGUCUGCUCUCAGAACAAGCGUGUGGGGAGUUGCAGAGCGGCAUUUCCAAGGUGGUACUUUGAUAAGGCGAAAGGGAAAUGUCAAAGGUUUACGUACGGUGGGUGUGGUGGCAAUCAGAACAAUUUCUAUACCGAGAGUGAUUGUGAAGACUUCUGCCAGGAGUUCAUCACGGAUCGCUGUAGACAGCCAAUUAUCCCGGCAACGAAGAAGCACUGCGAACAUGAAGUGAGGGGAUACAAGUUUGGCUACAACAAAAAUACGGGAAAAUGUGAAAAAUUCCUUUAUUCAUCUUGCAAGGAAAACCAUAACAACUUCGCAACCAGGAAGGAUUGUCUCGAAACUUGUGCGGAGCAAUCACCUUGCCUGCGCAGAACGAGGCAUAACAGCUGGCGACUCUACAUAUCAUACUUCUAUGACGCCGACAACGAUAUCUGUCAGAAAACAACGACAUUUCGUGCCAAAACCAAAUUCUGGCCGAAAGACAACCGGUUCAGAAAACUGUCCGAAUGCUUCAGAGAAUGCAUGCCGAACUAUACAGCGCCAGUCAAGGCCGCAAAGAAGCCGCCAAUUCCUGUUGUCACUCUAGAUGAAUAAAUAAUAGGUACACAUUAUCCCGAGAU